CUGUCUUUUAGUUCAACAAAGAUACUUUUAGAUCAUGAUGAUCCGCACGAAUAUACUAAAACAGGUUACUAGGUAAUACAAAAGUUGCAGAAAAUAAAUUACAAAAUGAAGAUCACACCUGUUGUUCUCCUUUGUUGCUGCAUAAUAGCAAAAGCUCUACAGUUUGAAGAAUUUGACUACAAGAAAGAUUUUGAUAAAAAUCUCGAAAAAGAAUAUCUUCCAAAUUUUCUGGAUGAAAAAAGUAUUGAAGCGGAGAUUGACACCCAAUUCGACGACGAUGAAGACUUUGAACCAGACCUUGAAAGAAAUUUUGAAGCAAUAUUCGAGGAUGCUUUUGAGCAUGAUUAUGAAAAAGAUUUGACGGAACAGAAUCUUGCUUUUUGUCGCGAGUUCAAGUUAUGUAAGAGAGACGGGGAUGGGUUCAAAAUUGGAUGUGCUGGGUUUAAGAAUAAUUAUAAGCACAGAAAAACAUCAUUCCCUGGUGUCUGGAAGAAUAGAGCUGGAACGUUUUGCGUCAAUUGUCAAGAGAAAUGCGGAGGAACAAGAGGCUCAAGUAAAUUAGGUUAAUUACUGAUUGAAACAAAUUUGGUAACGAAUUUACGUCAAUGUUUGUAACCGGAAGAGGAAGAGAAAAUAAGAAUGGAUUUAAAUUAUGUUUUUUUUUCAAGUUUUCAUUUCCAUCCUAAAACUGAUCAUGGAAAUUGUGUGCUCGAAUUAAAUAAAAUAAUUUCUUCCCAUAUUGAAAAUAACUCAUGCUGAAUUAAUUUACCAGCAACGUGUAAUCGAGAUUCUGCUUAUUCGCCAACAAUAUAUGUUUCAAAACAUUAUUUGAAUAACUAGAAGUAUUUUCACUACUCUUGCGUGUUUGAAAACUUUAGAAAGGGGAUUAUUGACUAUUCAUCACAUCUUAUUCCAUUUUUUUUAAUUGCGUAUAUUGUAUAUCGACAGGUGGAACUAUAAUAAGUCAGUAAUUAGUAAAUUUUUGUUAAUGACUAUUUACUUAUUCAAACUUCUGAAUAACGCAUUCAUUUAAUCUACAAAGGCAUUGAUGUUUAUUCAACUUCUCUUUUUAGCAGUAAGCUAAUAGACUUAAAUUAAGGU